AUGCAUGAUGAAUAUAAUGAAGAUUUAGAUCGUAAAGAAGUACGAGGUCCACCACCAACACUUGUUGAAUUAACUGUUCUUGCAUGGGUUUUCGGUUUGGUAUGGGUUGAAAUUAAGCAAUUAUGGAAUGAAGGCCUUUGUGAUUAUUGUUCCGAUCUGUGGAAUAUUCUUGACUUCGUAACUAACGCACUGUAUUUAUGCACUGUUGUACUUCGAAUCGUCGCUUAUUUACAGGUUGAAGCAGAAAUUCGUAAUCCACAAAUGCGACAUUUAGGACGUCACAUUAUGCGACGUGAUUGGGAUGAAUGGGAACCGACGCUAAUCUCAGAAUGUGCCUUUGCAACGGCUAACAUUUUCUCAUCCUUAAAAAUGAUUCAUAUUUUCACUGUUAAUCCACAUCUUGGACCACUUAGGAUAUCACUUGGUCGUAUGGUUUUGGAUAUUGUCAAAUUUCUUCUCAUUUAUUUUCUUGUGCUAUUUUCGUUUGCAUGUGGUUUGAAUCAAUUAUUGUGGUACUAUGCAGCGAUGCGUCAACAGGAAUGUGAAAAAUACCAAUCACUGAUAAGCAGUUCAUCUCAAAAUGUCCCAAUGAAAGAAUUGAUUCGAAUGGAAGAAUCAUGCGAUCCGAAAUAUCGUGCUUGCGAAAGUUUAUACAAUUCAAUGGGAACGUUAUUUUGGUCAUCAUUUGGUAUUAUUAUUUUGGAACAGUUAGAUAUCGUCGAAUCACAUGGCCCAACAAAGUGGACAGGCCGUACCAUACUUGGCUGUUAUUGUUGUUGCUCGGUGAUCGUCCUACUUAAUAUGCUUAUCGCUAUGAUGAGCAAUUCAUAUCAGGAUAUUUAUAAUCAAGCAGACGUUGAAUGGAAAUUUGCUCGAAGUAAACUUUGGAUUGAAUAUUUCGAUGAUACGGCAACACUUCCACCACCUUUCAAUAUGAUUCCCAGUCCGAAAAGUUUAUUCUAUUGUGUUCAGUGGUGCUUAGAAAGCAUUUAUCAAUCAAAUCGAACUGUUGGUUAUAAUUUUCGUAGUAUAAGGUUUGUUAUGCGUAAUUUGGUAAAACGGUAUAUUGCUCAAAUGCAACGUUGUAAGCAACAAAUUGAAAGUGUUACCGAAGAUGACGUAGCGGAAAUUAAGCAGGAUAUCAGUGCUUUCCGGCGUGAAUUACUUAGCAUUCUACGAAAUGCUGGCUUCAAUACCGGUCCUAUUGAUCCUAAGCAAAAAACAAUUUCUCGAAGCAAGAAACGAAGUUUGAUUGCGGAACGUCGAUUACUGAGUGGUGUAACGGAAUCGAUGAGUAUUCCGAUGCCGGAACGAUUACUGAAUGGUACCAGUGAUGAUGAUACAGAAGAGCCUCAUGAAGUGGAUCGAAAAGAACGCAGAGGUUUACCUGUUCCAAAGCCAGCAGUGAAAUUUGCAAGUAGACUUAAAAAGAAGGUAUUACCACAUGUAAGAACAAGUAAUGCUGUAAUUAAACCACGUUUUGUGAGGAAAGCACCAGGUGGAUGGCCGUUUAUUUCACGUGGUUUAGAAACGAAUCUUAAUGCUUUAAUCGAUAUCUAUUCUUUACCUGCUGAUAUGAAACCAUCAAAAAUAGCACGAUCGACUGCUAAAUCUCAUGCUAUCGAAAGUACGGAAAAUGACGAUGAAGAUUUGGAAUUAGUUGUUGAUAGUGAUGAGGAUGAUGAUAUUAUUGAUAACGAUAAAGAAGAGAGUAUCAAUCAGAGCAGUCAAGAAAAUGAUAAAAUGAAUCGGGGUCAUUUUUCGAAGAAAGCACAUCGUUAUCGUUCGGGAAGUAUUUGUUUAGAAAUGGGUUAUCAAGAAGAUCCACCAUUUAAAUUGUGA